AUGCCAGUGGAACACAAUAACAUCAACUCACACAAUGAACAAAUCACACACUUCGCCUCUUAUGAAGCAGCCUGUCGAGAAGGAAACCUGCACACGGUACACGCCGUGAUCUCAUCACAACCGCAAUCCGCUGCGUUUCUCCACCAUGGUCUGAUCCUUGCUCUCGAGACUGGAAAUGUCGACGUAGCCCGCUAUCUCCUUUCAAGCGGUGCUCCAGUGACCCCAAACACACCUGUACAUAUUCUCUCCGCACCACCAAAUACCCAAAUCCCACUUUUCGAGCUCCUCGCGCAAUCGGGGUGGGGCCCGAAUAUUCCCGGCGACUAUGGCGCUGUGCUUUUACCCAAAGUCGUGACCAAUCUCCCUGUUCUCUGCUGGUUUCUGGCCCACGGCGCAAACCCCAAUCUUGGCGCGCAGCAUGACAGCACUGAUAUAGCCGCUCAGCCGAACCCGCAAUCAUGUGCUGCCCUGGAGGCAGCUGCCGCGCGGGGCUCGGUGGAAGCGGUGCGACUACUCCUCGAUGCAGGGGCAUCGAUUCAUUAUGGCACGCCACUCCAUUUUGCGGCAGGGGCCUGUUCGCCUGGGAUCGUGCCACGCAGUGUGGUUAGUAGAGAGUUCGAUACGAGUCGGAUCCCUGUUAUGGCGUUGUUGGUGGAGCGGGGUGCGGAUGUGAAUCAGAUGGGCCAGUCACGGGUUGUGGUGCAUCACCCGAUCAUGUACGCUGUUAUGGCUGGUGCUGUGGAGCGGGUUAAAUGGUUACUGGAGCAAGGAGCUGACCCCGAGGCCAGAGGGGCUUGGGGCAGUGCGGCGGAGUAUGUGGAGAUGGUUGGCAGUGAAGACUUGAAGAGUGUUUUGCGACAAGGGAUAAAUUUGAGGGCGAAUGGAGGUUUACAUGAGAGUUUGACUAUUCGACCGCGUGUGCAAUAA